CCGCCACCUUCCUAAAUAAUUCGUGACUGUUCAAUACUUAAUUUUUCCAGUUAGGUAGAGCUAACGUUACUGUACUCAUGGAGAGAAAACUCCCCUGAAUAUUUUUUUAAAGAGACUCAUUUAGCGCAAUUAUGAAGAAAUAUUAAUCUUGAGAUUCGCCCUAGGACAAGGAAAUAUGUGGAGAGUACAAGUGUUUGUUGGAAGAGUUUUUAGCCGGUGCCAUGGCAACGCCCCCCUGCGCCUGUCUCAGAAUCAUCACGUGGAGGAUGAGGUCAUCCACUCCUCCACCUUCCUCUCCACCGGCCGGCACUCCCCCGACAGCAGCUCUCAGAAAGGGGAGGAUGGAGACAAGUGGUGGAAGAAGAGGACCUCUCAGUUUUGCUACGAUGGGCUCCCGCGCUACACUGCUCUGGAUGCUGUGGGCUGGGGGGCAGCUGCCGUUCUGUUGAUGCAGAUCUGUAGGAGGGUCCACUCCCGAGUCUCCUCUGGGGCCGAACCCAAUCCGAACACAGGACGCCUGGCCAUACAGGACACCCUGCAGAAGUUUGACUACCGCGUCCUACUGGAGAUGCUGUCUCGCUGUGAUGUGCUGCCCAGAGGAAGGAGUGUGAGCUGUCUGCCACAGAGACAGCAGGCCCAGCAACGCAGCAGUAACGGCUACAGCAGCUCUGACCAGCUCCAUGGAGAUGCGAUCGCUGACGGCUUCCUCGCUGACUGUCACCACUCCUCUGGAAGAGAGGAGACGUCCUUCUCAAAGUCCUCCCAUCCUGAAGACAAACGCAGAGCCAGAAAGCGAGAAGCGCCUCCGCAGCAGAAUGAGCAGGAUGCUCUAGCAGGGGCUGCCCAGAACCUCCAGCAGGUGGUCGACUCCAGCGUUCCUGUAGUCCUCAACAUCAUCGGUCUGGAGAGUGCUAAGACUGGGGACUAUGAUGCAGCCUUCUCCUGUUUCCUGGCCUCAGCCAGACGGGGUUACUGCAAGGCCCAGUUCAACACUGGAGUCUGCUACGAGAAAGGCAGGGGGGUAGGCAAAGACGGGGAGAAGGCUCUUCACUUCUACAGCCAGGCAGCGUCUGGGGGUCACAGUCAGGCUCAGUACCGCUGUGCCAAACUCCUCCUCAGCAGCAGAGGGCAGCAGAGCACACAGAAGGACCUGGACUCAGCCAUCAGCCUGCUGCAACAGGCUGCCUCAGCUGGACUGAAAGAGGCCCAAGUGUAUCUGGGUUCCCUGUUCUCACAGGAGCCAGUCAGAGACAGCCGUAAGUCGGUGCACUACCUGAAGAUAGCAGCAGAGAGCGGAGACAGCGAGGCCCUGCUGUUCCUGGGCCAGUGUUAUGAGAGUGGGUUCGGGGUGCCUCAGUGUUUCAGAACAGCAGUAGGGUUCUAUCAGCGGGCUGCCCAGGCAGGAAGCAGCCAGGCCAAGACCUUGCUGACGCCCCCGUGUGGAGUGGAGGAAGAUGCCGUCCUGCGCUCUAUCCGCUCUUGUCCGUGCUUCUCCGUAUCGGACCGUCUGCGGGAACCACCCUCCCCUCCCCUGUCCUACCCUCCAGUGGCCCCACCCUCCAGUGGCCCCACCCUCCCCCUCCACCCCCCCAGCUUUGAGGGGAACGCUGUGAGGUGGACUCUAGGAGUGGGAUAGUUAGCGCACACCGUCAUGACUUACGAAUGUCAUUGUGAUUGGAUAAGGAUGAAAAGGGAAAGCAUGGUCACAUGUUUAACCACUCGGUUGUGUCUCACUGAGGUUACUGUCUCACUGUCAGCACUUAGAACUGGAUGUGUAUGUAGUGUAAGUCAAUGCUUUGAGGAACGUGUGUGUAAGUAUGGGAGACGGCAAGUAGACCUAUCUACUAUCGGGUCGGACCACCCUUUUGCCUCCAGAACAGCCUGAAUUCUUUGGAGCAUGGAAACGUUGCUCAAUUGGUAUCAAGGGAUCUAAUAUUUUCCAGGAAAACAUUACACCACCGCCACCAGCCUGUACCAUUGAGACCAGGCAGGGUGGGGCCAUGGACUCACACUGUUUACGCCAAAUCCUGACUCUGCCAUCAGCGUGACGCAACAGGAACUGGGAUUCAUCGGACCAGGCAAAGGUUUUCAGUUGCAGCAGUGUUGGUGAUCCAUUGGAGCGGCUUCUUCUUGUUUUUAGCUGAUAGGAGUGUUCGCUUGCACGAUUCUGGCCAUUGUCUAUCGACCUCUCAUCAACAAGCUGUUUUCGCCCACAGGAGUGCUGCUGACUGGAUGUUGGUUUGUCGCACCCUUCUCGAUAAACCCGUGAAAAUCCCAGGAGGCCGGCCAUUCCAGAGAUACUGGCACCGACGAUCACACCACGCUCAUUGUCGCUUCGGUCACUCGUUUUGUCCAUUUGAAGGUCAAUCGAACAGUAACUGAAUGCAUCAAUGCCUGACUGCUUUAUAAAGCAGGCCACGGCCACGUGACUCACUGUCUGUACGAUCGAACCAUUUUUGUGAAAUGGAGUGGUGUACCUAAUAAACUGGCCACUUAGUGUAAUGUGUGCCUUAGCCUGCUAUGCCUCUAAGUACAGUGUCUCUGGUGUGAACUUGACCCUGUUUAAAAUGGAAUAGAGUUAGGCUAAAAGAAUGUGAAUGAAAAGUGAUUUUAUUUUUGUCCUUUUUUCAAAGUUUAUCAUAAACUACCAACAAUGUUGCCAUUUAUUAUCAGGGGUUAACUAUCCAACUCUGUCCAGUAAUUGAAAACGUAAAGAUAGUCUCUAAUGGGGCCUGGGCUUUAACUUGAGGCUUGUGUAUUAUGUGCAUGUAUGUAUUUUCAUUCAUAAGUUACUGUAUGUGGUAUGUAUAUGUAUUUUCUCAUGCUUUAGGAACACUACUGUUGCUGAACGCACAAGGUGUCUAACACCAAUAAAAAUAUAACGCUGUU